GUAUGUUCGUGUUUUGGAUAUGCUUGGGCGUUCAAAACUUGCAACUAUUCAUAUAUAUUAUGAGCUUAUGUAGCUUUGGAUCUUUCUAAGCUUUAAUUAUACGUAACUGUUGUGAUGGAUCUAAUCUGAACUGUGUACCUGAUCCCGAAUUCUUCUGCUUGAUGCAGGGAGGUUGAGAGUCUUAAGAAGCCUUUUACACCUCCUCGCGAGGUGCAUGUUCAAGUCACCCACUCAAUGCCUCCCCAAAAGAUUGAGAUCUUUAAGUCUUUGGAGGGUUGGGCUGAGGAGAACAUUUUGGUUCACCUGAAGCCAGUUGAGAAAUGUUGGCAACCACAAGAUUUUCUGCCAGAUCCUGCUUCUGAUGGAUUUCAUGAUCAAGUCAAGGAACUGAGGGAGAGGGCAAAAGAGAUUCCAGAUGAUUACUUUGUUGUUUUGGUCGGAGACAUGAUCACAGAAGAAGCCCUUCCUACUUAUCAAACAAUGCUUAAUACCUUGGAUGGAGUUCGUGAUGAAACAGGUGCAAGCCCGACAUCUUGGGCUGUUUGGACCAGGGCAUGGACUGCUGAAGAGAAUAGGCAUGGAGACCUUCUCAAUAAGUAUCUCUACUUGAGCGGACGAGUAGACAUGAGACAAAUUGAGAAGACAAUUCAGUAUUUGAUUGGAUCCGGAAUGGAUCCCCGGACAGAGAACAGUCCCUACCUUGGUUUCAUCUAUACUUCAUUCCAAGAAAGGGCAACCUUUAUUUCGCAUGGAAACACUGCUCGUCAUGCCAAGGAGCAUGGAGACAUGAAAUUGGCUCAAAUAUGUGGUAUAAUUGCUGCUGAUGAGAAGCGCCAUGAGACUGCCUACACCAAGAUAGUGGAAAAGCUCUUUGAGAUUGAUCCCGAUGGAACUAUCAUGGCUUUUGCCGACAUGAUGAGGAAGAAAAUCUCUAUGCCAGCUCACUUAAUGUAUGAUGGCCGUGAUGAUGACCUUUUUGAGCACUUCUCAGCUGUUGCUCAGCGGCUUGGUGUGUACACCGCAAAGGACUAUGCAGACAUAUUGGAAUUCUUGGUGGGCAGAUGGAAGGUUGAUCAGCUAACCGGACUUUCAGGGGAUGGGCGGAAAGCUCAAGACUAUGUUUGCGGGUUACCUCCAAGAAUCAGAAGGCUGGAAGAGAGGGCUCAAGGACGUGCCAAGCAAGGACCCAUCUUUCCAUUCAGUUGGAUUUUCGACAGACAAGUACAGCUCUAAGUGCAAACUCAAAUAACAUCUCCAGUUUCGCUGCUUGUCGUAUCCUCACACAACGAUAAACUAGAGGUAUAAAAUAUCCAAUAAAGUUUUCUCGUGUAUUGCUUUAUUGUUAUGUGUGAAGAGAAUCGGUGGUGAGCGAGCGACUAUGCUUGAGGUUGUAGAUACAGUUGUUUCUCUUGUUGUGCCAUUAGAUAUGCGGAUAGGGGCAGCUGCGGUUCCGUUGUUUUUUUUUUUCUUUUUUUUUUACUGUUUUUCUCUUUCUAUGAGCUUGUUUUCUUUCAAUAGUUUGUCUGAGUGUAAGCAAAGCAAAUAAUCUUCAUGGCAAUUUUGAUGGUGGUGGUGACAAUGAUAAUCAUAAUCUAUGCUUGUU